AGAGUGCUGUACCUUGGAACGGUUGUACCUUGGAACAGGACCGAUUUCAAAGUAUACAGCGCCAUCUUGUAAUUCUCAUCAUCAUAUAUCAGUGAAGUCUGCCUCAAACCAAACUACAACUCUGUUGUACCGUCAUUAGCGCCGUAGUUUUCUUUUAACCAAAUAUUUAUGUUCUUCGCAGAAUCAAAGUAAAAAUAAAGGUGGUUGGUUUUUUGAGUUUUCCGGCAAAAGUACGUUAUGGUUAUAUUGGAAUUCCAACAGCAUAACCGGCAAAUUGUAGACGGGCGCCUGUAUACAAAAUGGCGCACUAUUGUACCUUGGAACACGUCGUCGGUUGUACCUUGGAACGGUGUUCCAAGGUACAGAAACACACUAUUAACAAUUCAAUAUGUCUGAUUUGAUUGUUUUUUUUAUAGAAAUUGAAAAAUGCCGAGAAGUAAAGAAGGGAAGAAAAGAGACAAGGUUGACAAAGAAAAUUUAGAAAGAGCUGUAAUGGCAGUGGAAAAUCAUGAAAUUUCAUUUCGUGAAGCUUCUAAGGUUUACGAAGUUAAGGUAGCAACCCUACAUCGUCAUGUGAAAUCCCAUAUUCAACGUGGCAAACAACAAUAUGAAUACACUGCCAAUAAUGCUGUAAAACAAGUUUUUUCUAACCAAAUGGAACUUGAAUUGUUGAGCUAUGUGAAGCAGGCAGCUCUAAUGCAUUAUGGAUUGAAUAAAAACAACAUGCGAAAACUUGCAUAUCAAUUUGCAAAAGAAAACAAUGUGAUAUAUCCCCAGCAGUGGGACGAAAAUCAACUUGCUGGAGUGGCGUGGCUACGUGGAUUUGUCAAGAAGUAUUCAAAUCAAAUCUCUUUACGAAAACCAGAAGCCACAUCUCUCGCGCGGUCAACAAGCUUUAAUCGCGCGAACGUGCAGACGUUUUUCACAAAUUUGAAAAGAGUUUAUGCGAAAUAUGGUCCAUUCGAGCCACAUCAGAUCUAUAACGUUGAUGAGACAGGUAUGACUACCGUCCAUGUACCGCCCAAAAUAUUAGCUCCCAGAGGUAUCAAACAACUUGGUAGUGUAACAUCGGGUGAAAGAGGCCAAAAUGUUACCUUGAUUGCAGGGAUUAAUGCCAUCGGAAACCAUUUGCCGCCGAUGUUUGUAUUCCCAAGGGUGCAUUUUAAGGAAUUCAUGUUGAAAGGUGCGCCCGUUGGCAGUAAAGGAGGUGCAAAUCAAUCUGGAUGGUCCAACGAGAAGCUAUUUCUUGAGUGGCUGGAUUUUUUUAUAGAACAUGCGAGGCCAAGCAAAGAAAAACCCGUGUUAUUAAUCUUGGACAACCAUGAAAGCCACGUGAGUGUAGCUGUGAUCGAAAAAGCUCGUGUGUCUGGGAUAAAGAUGCUCACUUUUCCGCCACAUACUUCGCACCGUCUGCAGCCACUGGAUCGUACAGUUUUUGGUUCUUUCAAAUCUCACUACAACCGGGCAGUGAAUGAUUGGAUGUCAUGUAACCCAGGAAAACCACUGUCAAUUUAUGAGGUUGCAGAAAUGGUGGGCAGAGCAUUCCCUCUUGCAUUCACAAGCAAAAACAUUACAAGCGGCUUCGCUGCAAGCGGAAUUGUUCCUCUGAACGAAGACAUUUUCUCAGACAUUGAUUUCCUGUCGUCCUAUGCCACGGAUCGUCCAAACCCAGACUAUGCAAAAAAUGAUACUGAAGCAUUGGAUACUAGCGCAGACAGUCCCAUUUCACCGACCCCAGCUGCUUCUUCUAGCUGCCAGGCUAAAGUGUCUGUCGAAAGCAUAAGGCCGUUUCCUAAAGCAGGCGCUAGAAAGGUAACUUCAAGAGGCAGAAAAAAAGGAAAAUCUACAAUAUUGACAGAGACUCCAGAAAAGUUUGAAGUAGAGUCCUCAGAGUUGGAAAAAGUCGACGGAAGAAUAUCCAAUAGUGUCAAAACAGCCAAGAAAGUAUUGCAACUGGAAGAAAGCUACAACAAAAAUGAAGAAGUAAUGUCUCUAAGAGGAUCGUCCGAUGACGAUGAUAUUAUGGCUGAGUUUGAAGAACAGGAACUGGAAAAUGAAAUUAUGGAAUAUGUCACGGGGGAAAAAGGUAUCAAGGAUAUUCUGGGUCUUCCGAAUGUGGUUAGAGAGAUUGAUCAACACGUCGCAUUUUUAUACCAAGGGCAAGUCUAUCCUGGCAAAAUUGUGGCAUAUGACGAAGAAGGCGCAACUAUUUCCUCCAUGCAGAAAUCCCUCAAGUCGUGGAAGUGGCCAGAGAAGUCGGAUAUAUUAAACUAUCCUUGGACAGAUGUUCUGGGAUCCAUUAUGCCGCCUAAGCAAAUAUCAAAAAGGGGGUUUUAUGCCAUUCCUGAACUUUUGAAACUGGAGUAAUAGUAAAUUAAGUUUCAACAGCUCAGAAUUUUUGAAUUCUCAUGAAUCCAGUUUUUGAAUUUGUCUACCCAAUAAUAAUAAAAGUUUUUUAUAUACAUUUAAGUUGUUUUUUUCUCAUGUACCGAGGUACAUGAUAUGCUGUUCCAAGGUACAUGACGGUAUUGUACCUUUGAACGUUUGAAGCAAGUGUAUUAAACAAUUGGUAACUUCCACAAAUUUAGUGAUAAGUUUUCAAAAUAACUCGGAGGUAAGGUCAAAAGACAGGGCUGUAUGAAAAAAUAAAUAUCAGCCAAAUGGAGAGAAAAACUAGGAAAAAAUAAAAUAAAAACCACAAACUGUUCCAAGGUACAACACUCUCCCCUAUAAUU